UCAGUGCAAAGACGCCUCAGACUGAGAGAGAGGGAGAGGGAGAGCGAGAGAGAGAGAGAGAGAGAGAGAGAGAGAGAGCGCACUCUUCAAUAGCACAACUCGAUGUGCGCAACAGAUCUGUUUGACAGCAGACUACGGGUAUUUUCAUUGAAAUCGGUGCAACUCAGCCAGUAUUGCAUAUGAAUGUUUUCUGGUCUGAAGAGAAGCAAUGCAACGGGAACCAUCCCAUCCAGUUGCCUAAAUCAAAUCUGGAAUUGACCUCUGCGACAUUUUGGAGCUUGUUUUUGCUUGAUUUGGACCACAAAAGGACAUAAUGGCCGCACUCCUUCAGCUGAGAAUGUGGGGGGUUUUCUUCGUUUUCGUGCUGUCAACGCUUGACGCCUCCGGUAAGACACUGCGAUAUGAGAUUUACGAGGAACAGAAGGUCGGCACGGUUAUUGCUCGUUUAAAAGAUGAUGUCGCGGAUGUUCUGGCGAAACUUCCGAGUUCAGUGUCGCUGCGCUUCCGAGCCAUGCAAAGAGGAAGUUCAUCCUUUCUCACGGUAGGCGAGCAGGACGGAGAAAUAAGCAUCAAGUCCAGAAUUGAUAGAGAAAAACUUUGUGAAAAGAAUCUCAACUGCUCGAUCCAAUUCGACGUACUUACGUUGCCCACGGAGCACCUGCAGCUGUUUCACGUGGAGGUGGACGUGCUUGACAUCAACGACAACGCGCCACAGUUCGCCCGUGCCGUCAUCCCGAUCGAAAUAUCCGAGAGCGCGUCUGUGGGAGCGCGCAUUCCGCUGGACAGCGCCACGGACCCGGACGUGGGCGAAAACUCCCUGUACAGCUAUGCCUUAGAGCCCAACAAUUUCUUUCAGAUUGAAAUACAGUCCAGAACCGACGGGGCAAAAUAUGCUGAGCUGGUGGUACUCCGAGAGCUGGAUCGGGAGGUGCGCUCCAGUUAUGAACUUCAGUUCACGGCCUUUGAUAGGGGUAUUCUAUCUCGAACCGGAACCACCCUGCUUAAAAUCAACGUCGCAGACUCAAACGACAACAGCCCGAUCUUUGAUAAGUCCUCGUACGUGAUCAAUCUUCCCGAAAAUGCACCUGUCGGAACGCUGUUAAUUGACUUAAACGCCACUGACGCGGAUGACGGGACGAAUGCCAAAAUCGUUUAUUCAUUCAGCAGUCACGUGGCCCCCAAAAUCAUGGAGACGUUUAAAAUGAACCCUGACAAUGGUCACCUGACCCUCAUCGCUCGCGUAGACUAUGAGACUGCUAACUCCUAUGACAUUGACGUGCAAGCGCAAGAUAUGGGUCCCAACUCUAUGCCAGCUCACUGCAAGAUCCUGGUCAAGGUGGUAGACGUCAAUGACAACAAACCAGACAUUAGCAUCAAUAUUAUGUCCUCACAGGGCAAUGGGGAUGCAGCUUAUAUAUCAGAGGCCGCUCCACUGGACACAUUUGUAGCUUUAGUGAGGGUGGAGGACUUGGACUCCGGUUUGAAUGGAGAGGUGGAGUGUAAGCUUCACGGUCAAGGUUAUUUCAAACUGCAGAAAACAUAUGAAAACAACUACAUGAUUCUGACUAACGUGUCUCUGGACCGAGAGAAGAGGUCAGAGUUCAGUCUGACUGUGGUGGCCGAGGACCGAGGGACUCCUAGCCUCUCCACAGUCAAACACUUCACUGUGCACGUAACUGAUGAAAACGACAACCCGCCACAAUUUGAGAAGGGACAGUUUGAAAUCUUUAAAUCAGAGAACAAUGCUCCAGGGGCAUAUUUGACCUCCAUAAUGGCAACAGACCCAGAUCUGGAUGUUAAUGGACAGGUGAUCUAUUCCAUCCCGGAGACAUCAAUCCAAGGGAGCUCCAUUUCCACUUAUGUGACCAUUGACCCCUCUAAUGGUGCAAUCUAUGCACUGCGGACAUUUGACAGGGAGGAUGUGAGUCGGAUCUCCUUUAUUGUGCAAGCCAAAGAUGCAGGAAAGGCACCGCUGCACAGCAAUGCCACCGUUGUUCUGAACAUCCUGGAUGAGAAUGACAAUCCUCCGGUGAUUGUGGUCCCUCAGCUGUGGAACUUUAGUGCUGAUGUACCAGUGUCAAAGUUCACUGAAGCUGGACAUCUUGUGACUGUGGUCAGGGCAACUGACCGUGAUACAGGGAUGAAUUCAGAGCUUGUUUGCUCCAUCGUCAGUGGCAAUGAAGAGGGCUUCUUCAUUAUUGAUCCAAGAACGUGUGAAAUUCAUGCCAACGCCAGUCUGGAGAACUUCCCUCAUGAGCAUGCUGAGUUAACUGUUGUGGUGAGGGAUCAGGGAAGUGAGAGCCUCAGUGCCAAAGCAGUUGUAAGGAUCAACCUCUAUGAGAAUAUGGAGAAUCACGUCCAGGUGAUGGACCAAGGGGAGUCUCCACUUGAUGCGUCGCUGAUUAUCAUCAUCUCCCUGGGGGCCAUCUGCGCCGUGCUGCUGGUAAUCAUGGUGGUGUUUGCCGCACACUGCAACAGAGAGAAGAAAGAGACCAGGCAGUCCUACAACUGCCGGGUCGCCGAGUCCACCCACCAGCACCACCCCAGGAAGCCCUCACGGCAGAUCCACAAAGGAGACAUCACCCUGGUUCCCACUGUGAACGGUACCCUGCCAAUCAGAUCCCAUCACCGUUCACCUUCGGCUACACCCCCCAUGGACCGAGCCCAGAUGGGGAGCAGGCAGAAUCACCACAGUCGCCAAUCCCUUAACAGCCUGGUGACCAUCUCAUCCAAUCACAUUCCAGAGAGCUUUGCCCUGGAGCUGGCACAUACAACUCCACAGGUGGAGCAAGUCUCACAGCUUCUGUCCAUGCUCCAUCAGGGCCAGUACCAACCCAGACCCAGUUUCCGUGGCAACAAAUACUCUCGCAGCUACAGGUAUGCAUUACAAGACAUGGACAAGUUCAGCCUGAAGGACAGUGGACGUGGGGACAGCGAGGCGGGGGACAGUGAUUGCGAAAUGGGGAGAGAAUCCCCUGUGGACAGGUUGCUGCUGGGGGAAGGCUUUUCUGACCUGAUACAUCUCGAAAUGCACCACCGCCUCCAUCCAGCAAUGAGACUGUGCACGGAUGAAUGCCGGAUCCUGGGACACUCUGACCAGUGCUGGAUGCCCCCUCUCUCCUCACCCACAUCCUCCUCAGACUACCGCAACAACAUGUACAUCCCAGGGGAAGAGUCUUCCCAGCAACCCCAAAUUGAUGACGACCAGUCCUCGGAGGAGUCAGAGCAGCUCAAGAGUUUCUCCACAUUUGGCAAGGAGCCUGGCAGUGAGGAUGCGGGGCCGACAAGAGUUUCUGGUGCCGGAGGAAGUGAGGUGUGUCCACCUGCAGGAGGGCCUGCCUCCUUACUCGCAGAGAUGAACAGCGUAUUCCAGCGGCUCCUACCCCCGAAUAUGGACUCGUACAGUGAGUGCACCGAAACAAGCCCAAACUCAUCAUCAGCAGCCGGUGAGAAAGACAGAGGACGCGGUGGCAACAUUUCUGGUAACCAUAGCAACAAUGCUGUUCCUCAGGAUAACCGUAGAGGCUUGUUACCAGGCGGGAAGGGUCCCGCUUACCCACCAGGUGUGGCCGCGUGGGCUGCCAAUACCCACUAUCUAAAUCCAGGAAGUGGAUCUGUGGGCAGCAACCAUGUUUCGCCGGCCACUCCCUCAUCCUCCACCUCCACCAAUGGACAGCCACCACACCUCAAAUGGCUCCCUGCCAUGGAAGAGAUUCCGGAGAACUAUGAAGAAGAUGAAUUUGAUGGUGUUUUCUAUCAGGGUCACCAGGGUGGCAAACGUGGCGAUAACCGCCAGGAAAGUGGUAUGGAUGCUAGCGAGCUGGUCCACGAGAUAAAUCAACUACUGCAGGACGUCAGGCAGAACUAGAGAGUGAUUCAGUUGACCACACUCUUAACAUAAUUCAAUUUGCAAACAUACAUAAUCAAUACGAUAGAUGCUUUGUGCUCAUUGUAAUGCUGUCUUGUUUGUUUUACCAAAUAUCCUCUCACCACUCGGAGUUGAGAGACUUGAAGAGAAAAACACUGCACUGUAACGGAGUGGCACAAUGACCUCAUAAGAGAAACUAAAAGAACAUACUCCACAAUUUUUGUCGUGUUUGUGGGUGAUUUUGAGGGAGAAUCCAUCAAUUAAGUCUCCAUCAUCAUUUGUAAUGUUUACAGAUGCUAACGGGAGAAACCAACUGUUACGUGAUCUAAUCUUAAAAGUGUACAACAAAUGUGCAGUGUCUGUGAGAAAAGACUGCUUCACUUGAAUAUUGUGCUAUGUCUCAUCUUUUGUUAUCAUGGAAUGUAACUGUAAAAAUUGACCUUUGUAUUUUAAAAAUACACCCUUUUGUAUUUCUAUAUAUUUAUAUGUCUCCAUGUUUGUUUGUACAGAAAAAAGAAAACAAAUGUCUAUUUUUUUAUAUUGUGACUGCAUGUCUUAAUGUUCAGCGUGUUUCUCUUUGUUUUUGUUUGUUACUUUUAUAAAACAAUUGUAUUUAAUUUUUUACUGAAUAUUUGUGAGUAACAUUUCACCAAAUCACAUUCCAAUGCAGUUCCAUGUUGAAAUUUGGUUUUGUAUAGUGUCCUUAUGACCAAGACAAAUAAAGUGGAAGAAUAAUGUGA